AUGUCACAUGAAAAUGAUGAUCAUCGACAGAAUUCGUCACCUGACUCCGAUAACGAACAUCAGACGCCUGGUCGUUACAGAAAUGACGAAACUUCGAAAACAUUAUUUAAAGAUCAUUCACAUGAAACUUAUAAUGGACACAAGAAUAAUCAUCAAUCUGAAUCUCCAUACAUAUCUCAUGAUGAAAAUGACGAUCAACCAUCGAUGAACGAUCAUUCACGAUCUUCUUUUCAUAUCAAUAAUCCCAGUAACGAUGGACCAUUCGAUCAAAAUGUUCAUUCAUUGUCACUCGAACAUGAAGACGAACAUUUAAACACAAACAGAUCGUCAAGUCAUGAUAAAUUCGAUAUUUCUAAAGAUUUAGCACAUUUAAAUUCUGAUCAAAGACAUUCACCAAUUGAUAAAACAAAAUCGAAAUCUCAUAUUCAUCAUCCAGCAUGUGCAUUUCAUUCCGAUCAUAAAUGGCUUGAUUUACAAUUGAAAGAUGGACAUACGGAUACAUCAAAAACACCUCAAGAACUCGAAAAUCAAAUGGAAGAUCCACCUGGUCACUUAGAUGAACACAUUCUUGAUAAAAUCCAAGGUUCAAUUUUUGGUCUGGCAUUAGGUGAUGCUCUUGGUGCACGUGUAGAAUUUCGUCCAUAUGAAUAUAUGAAAAAUAAUCCAGUAACAAAACUUGAAGGUGGAGGAACUUGGGGACUCGAAGCGGGACAAUUCACUGAUGACACUUCAAUGGCUCUUUGUUUAGCAAAUUCUUUAAUAGCUCGAAGAGAUUUUAUUCCAUAUGAUCAACUUGUUCGUUACAAAUGGUGGUAUAGAAAAGGAUAUAUGUCAUCAACUGGUCUAUGUUUCGAUAUUGGUGCUGCGACAAGUCAAGCGAUACAUGAAUUUGAAAAACGUCAAAAUGAAUUCUCUGAACAACAUAACAUUCCAUUGGAACAAUUGGAUAAUCUUUCAGAUCUAAGUUUACUUGAGGAAUUUGAGGUCUAUUGUAGUGAAGACGAAGUUGCUGGUAAUGGAGCUUUAAUGCGUCUUACUCCCGUUCCGUUAUUCUUCUAUCGAAAUCGAUUCCUCGCUGUGGAAUUUUCUGGUCGAAGUGGUGAAAUAACUCAUGGAGAUAAAAAAGCGUAUGAUGCAUGUCGAUAUUACGGUGCAUUGAUUGUUGCUGCUUUGCUUGGAUAUACAAAAGAAGAAAUACUUGCUCGUAACUUCUAUUCAGCACAUAGACAUUGGUUUGGAGACGAACCUUUAGAAAAAGAUAUUCAAGAGAUUGCUGAAGGUUCAUUUAAAGAUGCAAAGGGACAUGAUGGAAAUAUCGCUGGAAAAGGUUACAUUGUUAAAGCUCUCGAAGCUGCUCUUUGGGCUUUUUGGUCAGAUGAAAAGUCGUUUAAAACAGGAGUUCUCAAAGCUGUAAAUCUUGGUGAUGAUACUGAUACAACAGCUGCGAUCUACGGACAAUUGGCUGGUGCAUUUUAUGGAUAUAAAGAAUUACCAAAAGAAUGGAUCAAUCAAGUUUUUGCUCAUGGUUAUUUAGAAAAAAUAAGUAAAUGGAUUGUGUACGAAGGAGAACGAUGGGAACAACAUCGUGUUGUAUCUGCUCGUAAACAUAAAUGA